AUGGCAGAAUCUGUUGCAAAUGUGUUUCUGGAAAUCCUUCGUGAUUUGCUGGUUGAAGAAACUAAGUUUCUGGUUAGUGUGAGCGGUGAUGUUGACAAAGUCAAAGCAGAUCUGAGAAGCAUUCAUGCGUUGUUGAUGAAAGCUGACAGAGAGAGACGCGAUUCUCCAACUCUAAAGCUUUACAUUUCCCAACUCAAAGAUCUUGCUUUCAAAGCUGAGAAUCUGCUUGAAACGUAUGCCUUUGAAGUUGAAUCCAAAAGGGAAGAAGGGCGGAGGAGCCUCAAGGAUAAAUUCAAAAGGUACAUUUGCAUCAUGUGUGAGUGCAUCAGUGUCCAUGAGGUUGGGAAAGAGGCUCGCCACAUAAUAUCAGCCCUGGCCGAGCUCACUAACAAGUUAGAGUCGGAGUUGGGACAAGAAAGCUCAUCUCUCUCGAGGCAGGAAGAUGAGCAGCAGCGACUGUUGAGACAGACGUAUGCUCAUGAGGUUGAGCAUGAUUUCGUGGGCAUGGAGAAAGACAUCCAGCUUUUGGUCUCCAAGGUGAAGGAUGAAACGAGAAAGAGACGAGUAGUGAAGAUAUAUGGGAUGGGUGGUCUCGGAAAAACUACUCUCGCCAGAAAGGUCUACAACCACGCAGACCUCCAAUCUUAUGCCCGGGCAUGGGUUUGCAUCACCCAACAGUUUCAACCUAAGGCGGUUUUCGCUGAUAUUUUGAAACAACUUGAUAGAAAGCGUCAAACAGAUUGA